AGUGUCGAGUCUGGAUCCCUGUUGGACUGUUGUUUAUACUGGCCACAUAUAUCCCAUUUUUUUUUAUUCGUGUUAUUUAUCUUUUAUUUGUCUGCGUGAGUGGGUGUUCCGAGCGGGUUAUUUCCCCUCUAUGUGGUGUAGUACUGUUCUGGGAUCAGCGAUGAACGCACGGUUUUCCCCAGGAGAGCUGGGAAUGGAUCUGUAACGGUGGAGAGACGGGUUGGCCGUACAAGCGUGAGGCUGCCUGCCAGAAACAGUCCGCUUUCCGCUUCCUUAAAGCUCCAGGCUUUUCAGCAGGACAUUACGGCGGGAACAUGGGCUCAAUACUUAGUCGAAGAAUUGCUGGAGUUGAAGAUAUCGAUAUUCAAGCCAAUUCCGCGUACAGAUAUCCUCCUAAAUCCGGCAAUUAUUUCACCAGUCACUUUUUCAUGGGCGGCCAGAAAUUUGACACACCCCAUCCUGAGGGAUAUCUGUUUGGAGAAAACAUGGAUUUGAAUUUUUUAGGCAACAGACCAGUUCAGUUUCCCUACGUGACUCCUGCACCUCAUGAACCAGUGAAGACCCUGAGAAGUCUUGUAAACAUCAGGAAGGACUCCUUACGGCUUGUUAGGUACGAAGCCGAAGACGAAAGCACUGCAGACGAAGCUGGAAAUUCUGAAGUCUUGUACGGCGUGGAGUUUUACUUUGACACUGAUGCCAGGGUCGCCAUCACACUAUACUGCCAGGCUUUUGAGGAGUUUUCUAAUGGAGUGGCAGUCUAUACUCCAAAAACACCAGCUAUGGCAUCUGAGACAGUCUGCUAUAAGAAAGGAAUAAACCAGCAGUUUUCUCUUCCGUCUUUCAAGAUUGAUUUCACUAAAUGGAAACCAGAGGAGCUAAACUUUGACCUGGACAGAGGUGUUUUCCCUUUGGUGAUUCAUGCAGUUGUGGAUGAUGGAGAUGACGUUGUUGGACACGCCCAUGUACUUUUAGCAGCGUUUGAACGGCAUGUUGAUGGCAGCUUUUCAGUGAAGCCUCUGAAGCAGAAACAAAUUGUUGAUCGUGUCAGCUACCUACUCCAGGAGAUUUAUGGCAUCGAGAAUAAGAACAACCAAGAUACGAAGUCUGUAGAGGAUGAGAACAGUGACAACAGCAGUGAGUGUGUGGUGUGCCUGUCAGACCUGCGCGACACACUCAUCCUCCCCUGCAGGCACCUUUGUCUCUGCAAUGCGUGUGCUGACACACUACGUUACCAAGCCAACAACUGCCCUAUCUGCAGACUGCCCUUCCGAGCACUGCUACAGAUCCGUGCAGUGAGGAAGAAGCCUGCUGGAGUGCUCUCCACUGUCCCCUUCAGUCCAGUGUUAUCUCAGAGCUCAGACAACACAGAAAAUUCGAACUCUGAGAACAUCCCUCCGGGCUAUGAGCCCGUUUCUCUCCUGGAAGCUUUGAAUGGCGUGCAGCCUGCAUCUCCUGCUCUGCCCUCGGCUCCUCUAUAUGAAGAGGUCCAGUAUUCAGGAGAGAUGGGUGACCCACUGACCCUGAGCUUAAAGCAGCAGAGCACCGUCGAGCUCAGUGCAGAUCCAGCAGCUCUGAAAUCCAAACUCAGCAAGUCACCAGAUGGGUCUACACGCUCCCCCACGUCUCCUAUCCAGGAGGAGGAGGAUGAAGAGCAUCUCUCUGAUCUGUCUGAUGCUCAGCCUCACCCUGCGCGGCCCUACAGUUCAGCUCCAACUGAGGCAACAGUAGAUGGUAUAGAAUCAGAUCCAGGAUCCCCUAAUACAGGGUCAGAGGGCAGGUCUGUGGGGGUGUCUGUGAGCGAGAUCCUGCAGGACUGCCACAGUGCACGCAGCAGCCUGAGUCGCACUGAGAGCGAUCCCUCAGCAGACCUGGCACUGCCUGCAUCUGAGUCCUGGUCUACUGCUGUUGAGGAAUGUUCAUAACGGGUCAUCAGGAUCCAUUGAGAGUCUGAAGAGUCAGAGCACCAGCAGCUCCAUCCAACCUUUGCUCUGCCUCCCCAGCAGCCUGUGUAUCGAGGACGAGCUCCUCAGCCCCUAGCAGCACUACGCUCCUGUGUGCCUCUGCGUUAUAGCAUUUCUGCUUCAAUUAAGAGUCUCAUUCUAAGAAUAGCACAAUCACUAAUGUCUCCUAAAGGCUAUUAAGAAACAGCAUUGCUCAUUUGAAAGGUUCGGACACUAUUAUUUCUUUGCUGUGAACUACAGACCUUUUGAACACUGACACUCCUUUCAUUUAAAUCUUGUGUGUUUUAAUGUCUUCUUCAUUCUGACAAGUGUCAUUGAUGAUCCUAAACUAAUGAACACAUAUUUCAUUGCUUUGACACAUCUAUAAUUGUGGUUAUGAUUUUUUAAAUUUAUUAAGACACUAUUUUUAUAGUACUAGUGCAAUCAUGUAUGGUCCAAUCAGUUUCUUUUAAGAUUUAUUUGUUUCAUUUUGUUCGAUAAGUUCUUGUAUUUUUUUUAAUAUACUCUAUUAAUAUGUAAAUGCAAUUCCAAUUGUCUUUCUGAAAAAAUAUCUAUGAAAACAAUCUGUAUCUGUUAAUGUCGGUUUUGGUCAAAGUGUUCAAAAUUGAAAACCAUGAACAUUUACUUGAGCGUUAAAAUUAAUUGUCUUUUUAUUUCCAAAAAGCAUCAGUAUAUCUGUUAAGCUUGAUCCCACACUAAAAUGUUUUUAACACUUGAAACUGUGUUUUAGUCCAGAACUGUGCUUAAACUCUGACUAAAAGCCAGUCUAGCCAGUUACAACCAUGGCUUUUUAGUGAUUCACUGCUUCUACGCUCUGUAGAAUGAAUAUUGUAUAUUUGUAUGUAUGUAGUUACAUCAUUUUAUCAUAAAUUGCUGUACAUAAA